GAUGAAUAUGUGAACCUAGUUUGAUUAAAGUGAACUGAGAGAAGGGCAUGUAUCCAUGAUUUCAAUCGAGUAGAAAUAUAUGUCCCUGGAAGAUACUCGACGCGUUCUUAGAUCUGUUUACAUCCAGGUAAACGGUUUAAAGUUCACCUGUCAGCUAUUGAACUUUUGGAAGAGGAAGUAAAUAAACCCAGUUGUUACCUGAACGGACGAAAAAUGUCCACAUGAACGAUAAUGAAGAAAUUUACACAAGAUGAGCGGAGGAACACUUAACACUAGGAGGAAGGAACCUUUGUCCGAGCCUCAUCGACACAUCGGCGCUCAAGAUCUUUUGAAACAGAAAGAUAGCGUUUCCCACAGUGGCUUUUUGCGCAAGCGCGGGAAGUUGGAGCGUUUGGUUGGAUCAAAUGGACUGUUCACAGCUAUAUUCUCUGAACUUUCUAAAUGGCGACAGCGUUUUGUGAUUGUUGGGAGGGGAUGUCUGUAUGUAUACGCAGACGAGCAUGGCAGAUCACCUUUACAGUCAGUUUCCCUUAAAGACUAUACCAGGGUCGAGCGCCCGACUUCAGGAGGGUUAGAGAUAGACACAAGGAGAUGCUUCCGGGUCGUCCCAUCCAACGAGAGAACCAUGAAAACCUUCGUCUUUGGUUGUGCAAAAGAUGGCGAGAGAAAGGAAUGGAUGUACAAAAUCCGUGAAGAAAUGCUUCUAGCUAAUUCUAAAACGGAUGAAAUUGAGGUUUCCGGGUCGGGGUCUGACGAGUACGUUUACCUGGAAAAACCCAUCAUCGAACCAAUUAUCCAACCACCGACCUACAGCAAACCGGAUGUGCCGAAUAGAAGACCUCCUCAAGUACCGGAAGAAGAUAGUAGCGAUUCCGAAAAUUCAGACUACGAUAUAAUACAAGAGGAAGAUGUAAAACGACUUCGGGGGAAACCUCUGCCAGAAGUCCCCAAAGAAGACAACCACGUGGUGAGAAGACCAGAAAAGCCAAAGAAGCCUCAGUAUUUGAAAUCUAAGGACCAAGCUGCCGACCCGAACGAGUAUUUGUUUGAUAAUUCUGACAGACAGAAAGCUAUUGAUAUUUUAGCCCGCCGUACAAGUGGGACGUUUUUGGUGCGGAAGUCAAGAAUGGGAGAUCAGCAGGUUUUGUCCGUUCAAACAGAAGAAGGAAUGAAGGAGUACAAAAUAUAUGACAAGCCUGCCGGUUUGACUAUCGACAACAAAACUUACUUCAAAUCUGUAGAAAAGCUGAUUGAGAACUAUAAACGCCAAAGUCUCCCAAACAGGCGGACUACUUUAAUGCGCGGAUUCAGUAUCACUGAAGAACAGUAAUGAGAAAAUUUUUAUGGUUUUCUAUGAUAAUGUUAGCUUUUUCCUGACUUUUAAGUUACGUACCACAGGAUAAAGCAAAUUUUAUACUUGUAUUUGUUAAAAUUAGCACAUAAAGCAAGCACAGAUAGGUUUUUGUUUAGAAUGCACAAUCAUAUACUUGAUUACCUCUCAUGUUUAGAAUACGCUUGAAUAGUAUUCCGUCAUGAUAAUUGUGCAUUGUCUUAUUAGCAAUGAAAGAAUAUAUGUCAUCAGUAUCAUAAUAGAUGUAUCAUAUAUUCAACCAUAAUAGUAGUGUGUUAAUUAAUAGAUUUUAUAGAUUUUAUAAUUAACUACGUUGAUGAUUUCGAUUUGUUUUGAUUACUUUAUUAUGUUAUUUUAUUACCACGAAUAUUGAUUAUUCAUAAUUCAUCAUGUGAAAGACCUUGGAAUCAUUGUAUGCCAUUGCUUCCAUGACAUAAUUAAUAUUCAUACAAUAAGUGAUUGCAAGCAGAUUUAAGAGCAUGUUCACCAAAAAAUUUAUGUUCACAAAUGCAUACGAAUAUGGUAUGCACAUGUUUUUCCACUGUGUGAAAUGAAAUGCAUUUAGUGUUACAAUUUUUCUGUUAAUUGGUAUCUUAAUAAUGACUUUUGAUGAUUAAAUUGUUGUUUUUAAAUGA